AAUGUCAUGUGACAUGUAUAUUUUUCUUGCAUGUAUUUUUAAUUUGCCAUGUUUUUGCUGUCAGCAUGUGGGCGGAAAGGACUGUGUGUGUGAGCUGAACAACUUGCUGCAUCCUUUCCCAAUGGAGAAACUCGACUCCAUCCGUACUGAGGCUUCCCAGUGCAACAGGAGCAUCACUUCAACACAGUUAAUGGAGGUGGAUGUGUUGAUGCUGGGAGUGCAGCGGCGGCUGGAGCAGCUGGAGGAGAGUGUGUCUGUGUUGGAGAAUGAAGACGAUGGUGAUCUGUACGGAGCCGUGUCACUGCGUAUCAUCGACCUCGAGCUCGCUGAGAUCCUGGGGCUCAUGGGUAAACUGAAGAAAACCAUCAACUCGCACAAGCGGCUCAGUGAGAGCACGGCAACCAAGCUGCAAAACAUGACAGAGGGCAUGCAAGAGCUCGAGGCCUUCGAUCUUUCACAUGUGGUGAGCAAACAGCGAGAAAAUCAGCGCAUGAAGAGAGACUUGGCUGAGUGUCAGCAUGAGCUUCAGGCCACCCCUCGGCCUCCCACUCCUCGCCCACGAUGCUGUCCACAAGGCGAGUUGGUCAAUGUGACCAGCCCUAGAACCUACGCCCUCACCCAGUACAGAACCUCAUACCCUUACGGUGCCUGGGGAAAAGACCCAAAACCUGCUCCAGGAAAGGAGGACAUGUACUGGCUGGUGGCUCUGACCAGCAGCCAUGUUCACACCAACUAUGUGCGGCAUUACAGCAGUUUGAGCACUAUACUGGCAGGUGUGGGUCCUAUGGAUGCCAGCAUCUCCUCCUCAAACCCCUCCACAAACACCAUCAUGGGCCCUAAUGUGGUGCAGUACGGAAACGCUCUAUACUACGGCUGCUAUAAUACACCCUCCGUGUGCCGCUUUAACAUCUCCACCUGCUCCGUCACUAAUACACCACUUCCAAAAAACUCCGGCGUCAAUAACAAGUUUCCUUUCGGCCACUUGGACGCCACGUACAAGUACACAGACUUGGAUUUCGCCACAGAUGAAUCUGGUGUCUGGGUCGUCUACACGGCACCUGACAAUUUUGGCAACGUGAUCCUUAGCGAGGUGAUAGAAGGAAGUCCUCCAUCUUUAGGCCAAACGUGGCGGACAUCACUGCACAAGCGCACUGCCACUAACACCUUCAUGGCAUGCGGAGUGCUUUACGCCACACGCUUCCUGGACAAACAGACAGAGGAAAUCUUCUACUCAUUCGACACAGAGACAAGUGAGGAGCGCUAUGAUCUGAAGAUCCGCAUCAAGAAAAUGCAGACCAACAUCCAGUCUCUAAAUUACAACCCACGAGACCGAAUGCUCUACGCCUACAGUGACGCAUACAUCGUCUCAUACGACACUGUCUUUGAGUAAACAAUCAUCAUUGCUCCUGUGUUUACUGAUGGAAUAUUUUGUCAUACUGUGUGACAAUGACGUGGAUUUCCCUUUCUGUAGGCACUGUUGAUUUAUACCAUUAGAAAAUCAGUGUCUCUGAAAUGUCAUGAAUGUAUAAAAAAAAUUGUCUGCAGUUUUACCUUAAUGAUGAAUUAGAUAAAUUUGUGACAUGUUAAAGAAAAGAGUACU